GAGCAUAAAAAGCCAGCCCAGAGAUUGUCUGACAAGCCGUCAUAUAGCAUGUGCAGGCGGCUCUCUCAAUUCAUGUCUGUGCAAUUAUGUUUGUGUAACGAAAGCCUAUUCAUUAGCAGCGAUUAUCAAAUUUUUUUUUAGCGGAAUAUUUGAUGGCGGUGUUGAAUAUUCAUGACGGUAAUAGGAGCGCGGUGGGGAUCACAUGUUCACCAUGUGCUCUCUGUCUGUCUGCAGGACUGAGUCUGUGGCGGAGAAAAUGCUGACCAACUGGUUUACGUUCCUCCUCUACAAGUUUCUGAAGGAGUGUGCGGGCGAACCGCUCUUCUCCCUCUUCUGUGCCAUCAAGCAGCAGAUGGAAAAAGGCCCCAUCGACUCCAUCACAGGAGAGGCGCGCUACUCGCUCAGCGAGGACAAGCUCAUCAGACAGCAGAUUGACUACAAGACACUGGUGGUGAACUGCAUCCAUCCCGAGAAUGAGAAGAGCCCAGAGAUCCAAGUCAAGGUGCUGAACUGUGACACCAUCAGCCAAGUGAAGGAGAAGAUCCUGGAUGCCAUCUAUAAAAAUGUGCCACACUCGCACCGCCUCAAAGCCUCUGACAUGGACCUGGAAUGGCGCCAGGGUAGAGGACAACGCAUGAUCCUGCAGGAUGAGGACGUCACCACUAAGAUUGAAGCGGACUGGAAGAGACUGAACAUGUUGGCCCAUUAUCAGGUACCCGAUAAUGCAGUAAUGGCUUUGGUUCCCAAGCAAGUCACAGCCUAUAAUUCAGUCAACAACUCCACUGUGUCUCGAACUUCUGCAAGUAAAUAUGAGAACAUGAUCAAAUACACUGGAAGUCCUGACAGCCUGCGCUCUCGCACUCCCAUGAUCACUCCUGACUUGGAGAGCGGGGUCAAGGUUUGGCACCUGGUGAAGAACCAUGAGCACGGCGACCAGAAGGAGGGCGACCGCGGCAGCAAGAUGGUGUCCGAGAUCUACCUGACGAGACUUCUGGCGACCAAGGGUACAUUACAAAAGUUUGUGGAUGACCUGUUUGAGACCAUCUUCAGCACGGCCCAUCGAGGCAGCGCCCUGCCACUGGCCAUCAAAUACAUGUUUGACUUCCUGGACGAACAGGCGGACAAACACAGCAUCCAUGACCCACAUGUUCGACACACAUGGAAGAGCAACUGCCUACCUCUGCGUUUCUGGGUGAAUGUGAUCAAGAACCCCCAGUUUGUGUUUGACAUCCACAAGAGCAGCAUCACGGAUGCCUGCCUGUCUGUGGUGGCUCAGACCUUCAUGGACUCCUGCUCCACCUCAGAACACCGCCUUGGGAAGGACUCACCCUCCAACAAGCUGCUUUACGCCAAGGACAUCCCCAGCUACAAGAGCUGGGUGGAGAGAUACUACUCGGACAUCGGUAAGAUGCAAGCGAUCAGCGACCAGGACAUGAAUGCCUACUUGGCAGAACAGUCACGGAUGCACAUGAAUGAGUUCAACACCAUGAGCUCCCUCAGCGAGAUUUACUCCUAUGUGGGCAAAUACACCGAGGAGAUUGUGUGUUCACUAGAGCAGGAUGAUGCAGCCAGGAAACAGAGGUUGGCCUUCAAGCUGGAGCAGGUGGUGGCCUUCAUGAGUCUGGAAAGCUGAGGACCGCACUUCCCAGGGCGCACUGGGAAGAGACCCCAUCAGAAACCGAGCCGUGCCUGAGUGAAGACUUGUCCCCAUCUUUUUUCAUCAUGUGACUUCCUCCCUCCGCCUUUCAAAGAUGACUUCUUCCUCCACCUUGUUUCCCCACAAGAAAUAUUCCCGUUUCCUCAUCCAUUUUGCUGCAUAAACUAGUUUUACCUGAAUAUAUUUGAAGGGUGGGUUCGAGCUUAAGUCGGCAAAUCCCACAAUGCAAUGUGGGGGGAGCCCUCAGCUGCACCACAGGGAGCGCUCAAAGGGGUGAUUGCUUGAAAGCUUGCCAUAUUGGCGUACCUCAGUCCCCCUGCUGGAGGAAGUAAGAGGGAAACAUUUUUAUGUUGCCUUUAAGAAUUUACACUGACAUGUAAUUCUUUAAAAACCACACUGUUGGGCAUCCAUUUUGUUGAACUUUUUUUUCCAAAAUAGGAUAGUUAAACUAAAACCACCUCUAGAGUCCAGCUUAUUGUAGUUCUAUAUUCACUAUAUACAGACGAGAGGAAACAUCGACAAAUGAUGACUGCAAGCCAAAUGAACACCUCUGAAGAAAAUUCAUGCAAGGAUGGAUGGUUUGCCAAGUUUACACUGUACCUGCAAACAAAGCAUACAUAUCUGUGAAAUUUGGGGCGAGUCCAGGCAAACCUAGAAUGUUUUUGUGUUCUUUCAAUGUAGCUGGAGUUGUAUUUAAGAGUUGAGACUGAUCGGGGUAGGGAAGGACGAGUGCUUCUCUGAACUUUUCCCUCAAUGAGACAUUACUGACAAUAAAACUUUACGAACCAGAGUAUCUCCAACUUGUACCCCUUUGCAACAUCCGCACAUUUUUCUCUGGCCAGCAUACGUUUAACUUGAGAGAAAAUGCUCAUGAUUUCUGCUUCCGUCCGGUUUAUGUGGCUCCUGCAAAAUGACCCGAUUAGACAAAACCCUAGAUGCCCCCCCCACCCCCCCGACUCAAGUUGGAUCCUCUGAAAGAAGCACACAACCAACUCUGGAAGACUCUCUCUUUCGACUGCUAACCCGAACGCCCAGACGCAGUCGCUUCCAAUCUCGUGUCGUCACUGCGGCAGUCUCUCAAAGCACACACACAUACAACACGCACAGAAACACAAUCAGCAGCUGCCCACGUAUCUACAUCCACCGCGAAGGUUAAAGGGAGGAGCGGACUGUGAGACACUUGCUCGAUCACUCACAACAAGAGUGAUUCAGUGGAGUGAAGUCAGAGAUGGCUGACUGCUACCUAAAGGGGGCUCUAUUGGGAGAGUAGCACCUUUUUUUCCUUGGAUGUUCUUAUUUAAAAAAAAAGACUUUUGUGUGGAGAAUUCAAAACGGGAUGGAUUUCAUCAGUCAGCCGAAAACCAAAGGAGCUUGAAAUUUUCAAUACGGUCAAAUGUAUUUGUAAAGUGCCACUGAGGAAAUGACUGAAAAAAAAAAGGACUAUGUAAAAGACAACCACUACAAGGACAAAAAAAAUAUUGUGACUGGAACUUAAAAAGAACCCUGCGUGACUUUUUCUGACCUCAGUGUGUCGAGUUGCGAGGCUCUGAGGGCGACAUGAUCUGAUCCUCCUUUCUCUUUCCAUCGUCCCCGGGUCUCUCCGGCUCUCGGCACACCGUUCACCUUUGUGUCUGGCUCCUGACCAGUUUCCUUUUGUUUUGCACAACCGUUGGAGAUGGUAGCUAGUUGCAUACAGCAAAAUCCCAACUCUUCAGUGUGUAACUGUCGAGGCGCUCUUGUCUGUAUUAGUGUAGUUGUCCUCAGUGGCGGCAGGGGGCGGCCUUCUCCGAGCCUCAAAAAAGAAAAAAAGAAAAAAAAAAGAAAAGAGAAAUCCGAUAAAGCAGAGCAGGAACAGAGCAAAAGUGAUUUAUCGCGGUAGAAUAACAAGAAAAUGAUAGACAUUAAAGUUGCUAAGACUUGUUGGAUGUGAACCUCCACUGUGGGAGAGAGCGACUGAAAGAGAGAUGAUGGAGGCGCCCUCCGUAUCUUUUGACCUCUGCCCUUUCUUUUGCCUUGACAACGUGCCCCAUGUGGUGAUGUGAAUGUGUGAAGACCGCCCUAGGUCCACCUUGGGUCCUUUAUUGGCUUUUUAAGCGCAUGUAAAACAUAAACAAUUUAAGAAACUUAUUAAAAAAAAAAAAAGAAAAAUAAGAAAUUUAAGCCUUGCAAUGAUGAUGUGGAUGUGUUCUUUUAUCUUUCUUUUGCUUGGAAGAAUCGAGAUGGAAGAAGUGGAUUGUUCAUGUAAUAAAAACUAACUUUCGUUUAAGGUGGAACCUUUAUCCCGUUCAUCCCCUGCAGACCCCCCUCACAUUCAUGGUUUUUGUGACGUGUUAGAUGCUAAAUGAAAAUUAAUAUAUACCCUUGCAUGUUGACCUAUUUGGAUGGUACGAAAUGGAACUGCCUUGCUCAAAGAUAUUUAUAUACUUCUUUACUACUAGCGACUGAAAGGUCAUUGACAGCCAACUGUUCAUUGUACGAUUUUAAAUCUCACGAGACGACACAAUCUACCAUCCUUCUUGUCUUUUAAACUAUGUCUUCCAUUACAGUCCAUCAGGUUCCGUUACACCGGUGUCGCCUCUGUGGCUUUGAUAGAAGAUGCGAGCCCAGCCUGGCUCUUUCUUUGCUGCUAUUAUUAUUAUUGGGUUUAAGGUUUGUCUGCUGCAUUGAAUUAAUUCACCACGGCAACUGCCUCUCCCCACCCCCAUCCCCCCCCACCCCCAGCUCAGAAAACAAGAAAAAAGGUGAGUUCUGAAAUCUUGUUUUCGUAGAAACAAAAACUGGAAGCUGGAGUUUGAUAUGAGUCCAUUUCACACAAAAAACAAGUACUGUUCCUAUCCCUUUUAAUUAGAAAGAAUACAUGUGAUUUAUCACACAGAGGAACUUUCACACAAGAUGGGAUUGAUUGUAGACUUGUGUUUAAGACUUUGUUUGGCAAGUGACUGUUUUGAGCCUUUUUUGUCAAAUGUACGCGAGAUAUCCAACUCAUCGUCCAUUAGCUAUCGUCUGCAACUGUACACUACGCUGUUGCAACCUGGAGGGGUACAUUCACAAGGUGUCUGCUGGACACGUGCAGAAAACAUAUCAAAUGUAAAACUGACCAAUUAUACGACCUGCAAGAGCGACUAGAUUAGUUAUGAACGACUGAAACGCCCUUUAGACAAUUUCAAAGAGCCUGCUCUAUUCACGUAGCCAAUGUAAACUGUGCCGAGAUAGCCAAAGUUUCUCCCUCACAGCCACGUGUUCAUAAAUAACACGAGGCGAGCGUCCCGGACUGUCGUUGUGAAUCUGCCCCCCAGUGUAACAGACUUGUCUUUCGUUUGUCCCCCGUCCGAUCCCUUUCCUCUGCAACAAAGGGUCAUCUGCCUGUAGCUACCUUGUGUUGCCAAGAGCACAGAUAAAGUUUCCACCUUCAAACAUUUUUGUAGGAACUAGAAUUGUCCUCCUAGUUCAGUGUUAAAGCAGGUGUCACAUGCUAGAAAAGACUUUUACUAGAACAUAUUUGAAAGAUAGAGUAUCUUAUCGAGAGAGAGAGAGAGAGAGAGAAAACUGAAACCUGGGCGAUAUACUGUAAGGCGAGCUUCUCUAACUUUGUUAUAAUUAAUUGUAUACCUGUGUAUGUAAAUAUGAUGCAUUCCUAUUUUGCAGUCAAGAACAAAAUACUAUUUGUAAUAUAGAAUAAACUUUAUUAUGAAACCAAA